CUGUACGGGCAGCGUACAGGUAGCACAGGUACUCGCAUGUGGCGGGCUUCCGCUCUUUUAUUAAUCGCGAUUGUGUUGUAGAUUCGGUCUGCGCUGCCUGGAUGCAGUGUAUUCUGUGAAAUGUUUCGGCGCGUGGUCACAGGUGUGAGCAUUUUCGGUGGUGGCGUGGCAGCCUUUGUGGUCUGCAGUGAGCGAGCGAAGAAGCACACCGUGCAAGCCGCGUGGACUACGAACUUCGAGCCGACCGUUCAGUGGGACAGCAACUGGGACAGGAGGGAGCCUGAGUGUUGCACGAAACCUCCCAAGAAUUCAUCAGAAAAAGAGCAAAAUCGCUAUAACGAAGAACUGCAAAAAGCAAAGCCAACAGCAACACGAUACCUUUACAUCAUUCGACAUGGCCAGUACAAUAUGCGAGGAGAGUCGGAUAAAGACUUCACUCUGACAGAAUUGGGCCGCAAGCAGGCAGAUCUGACUGGCCAACGGUUGAGGCAGUUGGGAGUCCCCUUCUCGCGACUUGUUCACUCGACCAUGACCCGAGCAGUCGAAACAGCCGAGAUAAUUCACAAGCAUGUGCAACCUCUUCCCAUCGAGUCGUGCGAGCUGAUACGGGAAGGGGCACCUGUGCCUCCCGAACCGCCUUACGGAACUUGGAGACCAGAAGCCAAGGUGUUUUUUACAGAUGGCGCGAGGAUAGAAGCCGGUUUUCGCAAGUACUUCUACCGUGCAUCUCCCAGUCAAAACGAGGACUCCCACGAGAUCAUCGUUUGCCAUGCCAACGUCAUUCGAUAUUGGAUAUGCAGGGCUCUGCAGUUCCCACCCGAGGCUUGGUCUCGCAUCUCUCUGGCCAACUGCAGCAUCACUCUCGUGAGGAUCCCUCCCUCGGGCCGAGUGUCCCUACGGUCACUUGGUGACACAGGCCACUUCCCCAAGGAAAUGAUUACGACCAGCUAGCCGUUUGACCAGUUAGGGUCACAGUUGUUUUGCGCUUAUGUUUUUUGAGGCUUCGGUGGUAUUGCACCCGGUGUAUGUAUGACGAAGCGAACUCGUAUAGUUUUUUUACGUUCUCAUUUUUGGACCGCCAAUGUGGUAUUGUAAUUUAUAUACAGUAUAUCUUAGUGACGAUGCAUGGCUGUAUGUUUUUAUGUGGGAAACGCAUUUUCCUGUAAUAAAGUAGAACCGAAUAUGCAGGUAUAUUUAGGCUUGUGCUUUUAGAAUUACUCCAGACAUCACGUGUUGAACGUAAAAAGACUGUUCUGGUAGUGCUCGAAAGCUGUUGCUGUCCUUAGUUUGUGCAUUUAUGUGCAAGCAGUACCACAGUUUAAGCCACUUGCUUACGAUACUCGCAAAUUGUCUCUGGACAACAGUGUUUUUUAUGCAAGCACCAGUGAGAACUUCGCUUCAGUCAGUUUCCAUGGUGCGUACAAUCUGCAUAAUAUUCUUUUUUAGUUUGAAGGGACUAUUUGCUGGGUAACGUGUUCUAACACAAAACAGUGUGGGCAGCCACACAACUGUUAAUUAGCGAAAUGCAGACUGUACGGGUUGCGUACAAUGCUGUGGCUGAUCAUGAAUUAUGGCUAGGGCUCCGUGUUUUCGGUGUUUAUUUUUUUUAAUAUCGGCGGGUGUUUAUCAGAGUUUAUUUCCCGUAAAUCCCCAAUUCUCCGAAAUUCGGAGUUUUGCAUUAUUCUCAAAACCCCAAAAUCUUAUA